AUGUCCAAAGUCACCUUUGCCAUCAUUGCAGCUGGCGGUGCAGCGGCCGGCGCAGCAGCAACAGCGGCCUUGUACUCGACGAAGAAAGACAGCCUCCCACUCACGCCCGUCACCACCACCACCACCACCACCACCGCCGCCGCCGCCGCCACCGUCACCGGCCUGCCGCGACCAAGCCCAGUUCCCGCCGUUCCCUCUACACCUGCGCCCGCCGCCGCCCGCCGUCCGCCGCCCGUCGACCCCAACGGGCUCUUCCAGUAUGGAUUCCCCGGCCCGGUCAACGACCUCCGCCCUGCAGCCUCGCUGACGUCGUCGUAUGACCGCGAGCGGCGCAACCCAGCGUGGGUCGCCGAGCACAUCACGCCGGCGUCGCUCGCCAACAGCAACGCGGACCGCAGGCACAGUGUGUUUGUCGAGGACGUAGGCAUCCCGGAGAAGUUCCGCGCAAAGCUCAAGGACUACUUCCGCAGCGGCUAUGACCGCGGCCACCAGGUGCCUGCGGCGGACGCCAAGUGGAGCCAGGAGGCCAUGGACGACACGUUUGCGCUGAGCAACAUGUGCCCGCAGGUGGGCGACGGCUUCAACCGCGACUACUGGGCGCACUUUGAGGACUUUUGCCGGAGGCUGACGCACCACUACCCGAGCGUGCGGAUUGUCACGGGCCCGCUGUACCUGCCCAAGCGCGAGGCGGACGGCAAGUGGCGCGUCAGCUACGAGAUGAUUGGGACGCCGCCUAAUGUCGCGGUGCCUACGCAUUUCUACAAGGUCAUCUUCGCCGAGGACGGGGCGCUGGGCGGCAAGGUGGCGCUGGGCGCGUUUGUGCUGCCGAAUGCGCGCAUCGACAACAAGAAGCCGUUGACCGACUUUGAGGUGCCCGUCGAGGCGGUGGAGCGGGCGAGCGGGCUGGAGUUUGCGACCAAGCUGGAUGCGAGCCGGCGCAAGAGGCUGUGCCAGGAGGUCAACUGCUCGGUGAUUGUCAAGGAGUAUGCGCAGCGACAGAAGGCGUUUGCCAAGCCGGCUGCUUGA